GAGUCCAGAGGAGGCCAGCAGAGGUGGUGGGGCAGGUGCACGUGGCAGCAAGGCGGCGAGCAGCCGAUGCUCUGUGGGCUGCAGCAGAAGGGGGUCCGCUGGCGCUGCUGCCUCUCUGCAUCGAAGCCGUGGAUCUUCACUCCAUGGCACCGCAGGUUCGCUCGGCCCCUCUCUCCCUCUCCGCCUCUCAGCUCCUCCCUCACGUCCUCCGCAUCAUCGCUCGCUCCCUCCGCCGCCCGAUGAACCGAGAAGAGCUCAAAGGACCCGCCCCCGCCCUCCUAUCCCACCUCCUCCAUUUCGUCCUCUCCUCGCCGCCCACUCUUACCGAAUCAGCUCCUAAUGAAUCAGCAGCUGAAUACACGAGUGGAUCCGUUGACAGCUCUAGGGAGCAUUCACUGGAGAAGAGACGAGAUAGAGACCGAGAUAGGGACAAAGAGCUGGUUCAUGCGUGCAUGCUCCUGGCCCACGUGCCCCGCCCUGGCGACCACCUGAAAAACCACCUGAUGGAGCACCUGCUGCUGCACCUGCCUUUGUGGGCGCCCGCCCACUUGAGCACGCAGAGAGCCCUGCUUGCAGCCGUAGGGGACGCGGUCUCUCUGGAGCUGCAGGCGCUGCAAUCAGUGGGAGCUGUCUCGCUCCUUCUAGACGGCUGUCGUCGCUGCUACUGGAUGACGUGGGAGCCCUCCUCUGUGCGCCUCUGCACUGCCAGCUGGAACCCUAACCUCCCAGCGGCAAUAGUGACGGGUGAAGCAGCGGGAGGAUUGGGAGCAAUGGUGAAGGGAUGGGCAGGAGGGGCAGGAGAAGCAGGGGCGAGAGGGGGUGGGGAGUGGGGGAGGGAGGAGAUGCAGGAGGAGCGGAUGGGGAUGAUGGGGGAGGUGAAUGGGAUGGUGAAUGCGGUGAUGGGGGCGCUAGAGAAGCUGGUGUGUGCUGGCGUGGGGCUGGAUGUCAUGGGGGCAGACAUGCGUGCUCUUGUCUCCUUCGCACUGCAGUGCCCCCAGGCAAACCAGGUGGCCCGAGUGCUGCUGCUGCUAUACAGACUCAUGUCUCAGCCCAACAGCAGCAGGGCAUCAGCCUUCAUGGUGCAGUUCCUCGCUUCAGGCGGUGCAGAGAUGCUCCUGGCGCUGCUGUUGCGGGAAACCCAGUAUGGGGAGACCUAUCCGGGCUUCCCGCUGACGGACGUUCCAGAUGCGAUCAUGGUCGCGGUGGUCUCGAUCCUAGGGCUGCUAGCAGACUCAGGCUUCCUGCGUCUAUCCGACCCGUCGGUUCUAGGAGUGGUGCCGACUACUCAGGGGUUGGGAGCGGUGGUGACAGAGAGGGCAGGGAAGGACCGCAGUAACGUGGGUGCGUGGGCGGUGUAUGGCGUGCAGAAGGCUCUGGAACUGGCGCCUAAGAGGCUGUUCACGCCUGCAGUGUACCAUGCGAUCAUGACUGCUGUGCUGCGAUGCAAGGCUGUCGAUUCUCCUUCCGCCAUCCUCCCCCCGUCCACCUUCAUAGCCCCCUGGGAGCAGCAGCUACUGCUGGCGCUCCUGCGCGCCUUACCCUCUGCCGCGCCGCACACUCAGCUUGCAGUGCUGCAGGACCUGCUGCUGCUGCUCUCUGUCAACCCCGCGAACACUCGCCUCCUCACACACUCCCCCGAGUGGCCCGAGUGGCUGCUCGAGAUUCUGCUGGCAAAUCUCGAGGCCUUGCCUUCAGCAGGUACCAGCAAAUCCACAGCAACGCAGGGGCAGCUGGGAGGGCGAGACAAGGAGAAGGAGAGCAGUGACUUGGCUUCUGCUGAAGGAGAGGGCACUGGGGACUCGCGUGCUGUGCGCAGCAGCACGAGUGUGCAGGAGGAUGUGAACGAGCUCAUCUUUAGCUUCCUGGGGAUAGUGUUUGAGCACUGCUUGACGGUCAAACAGGGCUGGAAGGUGCUCGAGGCCACAUUUCACUGCCUGCAGUGGAAGGCACUCAUUGGGGGAAGCAGUGUGGGAGAGCAGCUGAAGAGCCGGACAGACCCUGCCACUGCAGAUGCUACAGCUGCUACAACUGAUUCGCCUGCUACAGCUGCUGCAGCUGCUACAGAUGCUGCCUCUAAUGGUUUCGGGUGGGUGGCGGAGUUCCCUCUGAUCGAUCUCAGCUCAGAAACCCUCCCCGCUGCUGCUGUCACAGUCACUGUCACCCCCCCCACCACAGCAGCACCUGCUUCCACCGCUGCUUUAUCCCCAUCAUCAAAAACAGCAGGAACAGCAACAGCAGUGGAUGCGUCAUCUGCAGCAGCAGUAGCAGCAACACCAACAGCAGCAGCAGCAGCAGCUGGGAUGCAUUUCGAUCUGCUCACCGGCUCCUUCUCUCCCUCCACUCUACCCCUGCAGCCCACCGUCUCCCCUCCUCUAGCCCGCCUGUCAUCAUCCCCACCAGGAACAGCCUCCCUCAUCUCUCUAGACAGCCCCCAGCAGCAGCAGCAGCAGCAGCAGCGGCAGGUGACUCAUGCAUCGCCAUCGGGCCUCGGGUCAGCGAUAGAGAGGAAUCAGAAAGAAGGGGUGGGAGCAGCGGAGUCAGGCGUUUUGGCUGUGCUGGGAGGGGUGGGGGCAGGAAUGAGUGACGCUCUUAAAGGGGUGUUGGAUGAUGAUCAAUCGCUUGUGACUAUAUUGAGGGUGGUGCUGGUGGCGGCUAGGGAGACGGAUGGGGGGGAGAUGGGCGGGGAGCUGAUCAGGAAAGGAGUGAGGGAGGGAGAGAAAGUUACGGAGAAGGUUCUGAGCUCCCUGCUGUGGAGAAUCCUCGCACCCCUCCUUACCACGUCUCGCCUUGACCAGCGCCAGAACUGCGCUCUCUCUGUCGCUGCCAUUCUGCACACAGAGAUCAUCCACUCAAUCGAUCGCGAUCGCACAAUCCUGCGCCCCACCUUUGUCGCCCUCCUCCUCCCCCCCUUCACCGCGCUCCUCCGCAAGUGGCGCCCAGCCCUACGCUGCCUCCGCCUCCUCUCAGACCACACAGGCGCCUCCCCCUUCUCAGACCCCCACAACCCCGCCCUUGCCACUGACGCCUCUCCUACCGAUGCUGCUCUUGCGUUCCUCUCCCCUGUGUGGGUCGCCGCGUUUGCCUCUCCGCCUGCUGCUGUCUGCCUGGCUGCCACUGCUGCUGCCACAGGCCCUGCUGCUGCUCACGGCUUGGGUAGGAACUGGAGCAGCAGCAGCAAGAGCGGCGGCGGUGGUGGCGGUGUGGGUGGUGCAUUUUUCGGUGCUGGUGGUGCUGCUGCAAGGAUGGGUCGAGAGAGGAAGCUGGGACAUAUGGAUCGGCUGUACGGGCUGGCAGAUGGCAGGCCGGGAGUGGACGGAGUUCCCGGGGGUGCCACGUCAGCGAAGCGGCGAGAGAAGGGGGAUAUCCAGAGGUCGGGGCGAUGGAGUCUGUGGGACUCGCUGGAGGGCGCGUGGGGAGAUGUGACUGGGCUCAAGCACCCUGCUCUCAAGCUCUCUAGUCUCCCACUCUCCUCUCCUGUCAAGGGCAGCAGCAGCAGCAGCAGCAGCAGCAGCGGUGGUAGCGACAGCGGUGUGAGCAGCAGUAUCAAGGAGUGGGAUGAGGUGGAGAUGAGGUACAGCAUCUCCCUGGGGCCCAGAGUGGGGGGACUGCAGCUCUACCUCUCCUCUCUGCACGACCUGCUCGAAUUACAGACCCUGCAAGAAGCAAAGCUCCACUCACCCAUUGUCAAGGCGCGGGCGGCAGGAGCGCGCAUGUGGCGCUCUGUCAUUCGCCAGCUGCUCAAGUCCGGGCGGCUGUGUGGCGCUCGGGCAAGCCAUGAAGAAUUUAUCCAAUCACCAACCGUGUGGCAGCUGGACCGCAUGGAGACAUCGCUGCGCAUGCGCCGGCGCGUGAAGCCAUGCUUCUCCACAGCCGCCACUGCCACGCUCCGUGCUUCCGGUCCCCACGGGGCCAUAAGGGGUGGUGCAGCAGCCGCAGAAGAUGCCGUUGCAGAUGCCAGUACUGAUGCUGCUGCUGAGUCAGCAGCAGCUACAGCAGCAGCCUCAGCAGGAGACACAGGAACGAGUGCUGCAGCAGUCGAGGAGGCAGUGCAGCGGCUUGGGGGGGCCCUGCCCGCCCCUCUAGGGGGAUUCAUGAGGGGAGGUGGGGGAAAGGGGGGAGAGGAGCGGGGAGCGGAGGGGGAAGGGGAGAAAGAGCAGGAAAAGGGAAAGGAGGAGGAAGGAGGGAAGGGAGGAGGAGAGGGAGGAGAGGCAGCUGGGAAGGAGGAGGGAGGCGAGGAGGGAGGGGCAGGGAGGGGUGCUGUAGAUGAGAGAGACGGAGCUACAGCAGGGGCUGUUGCUGAGAGAGAAGGGCUGGGGAGUGCAGUAGCAGAGGAGACUGUAAAGAGGAACGAGGUGGGAGAUGGUGUUGUGGGUGGUGGUGUGGAAGGGGGUGCGAGUGGAGGGGAGAAGCAUAAGCCAAGAGGACCAUCCAAAGAUGGGAAGCAGAGAGGGAAGCUGGGCGGCGUGGAGUGGACGCUAGUGGCGGAUGUGGACGGCGAAGAGGUGCUGGCUGACGUGGCAGCAAUGAUGGUGCAGCCGCUGCGAACAGUGAAGGGGCGGCUGGUGGUUACCACCACUCGCCUCUGGUUCCACGUGGAUCCCUCCGUGCCGUUCCGAGAAAGAGGGUGUGGAGGACAGGGAGAGAAGAGUGAGAAAGGAGAGAAGGGUGAGGUGGGCGGAGGGGAGAAGGAGCGUGGGCAGGAAGUUGCAGAGAAGGAGGCAUUGGUUUCUAGUAGCAACGGUGAAAAGGGUGGCAAGAUUGGCAGGAGCGGAGGAGCGACAGGAGGAGAGGGGGCUGUGAAAGGGAGCAUGGGGGAUCGCGUGUGGCGGCUGUCGUCCGUUCGUGAAGUGCUGACUCGACGCUACCUGCUGCGCCGCUCUGCUCUGGAGAUAUUCAUGAUCGACCGGGCCAAUUUCUUCUUUGCCUUUGAGGGGGCCGAGGAGCGCAAGAGAGUGCACCGUGCCAUCGAGAGGGCCCACCCGCCGCACUUCCAGCACCUCUUUUCGGCCUCGCAGCGACCGGAGAACAUUUUGGAGAAGCUUCAGCUCACCAAGAAAUGGGUCAACAGAGAGAUCACCAACUUUGAGUACCUCAUGCACCUCAACACUCUCGCCGGGCGAUCCUUCAACGACGUCACUCAGUACCCCGUCUUCCCCUGGGUAAUUCAGGAUUAUACCUCCAAGGAACUCGAUCUCACCAAGACAGCCACAUUCCGCGACCUCUCCAAGCCCAUGGGAGCGUUGACUCAGCCUCGCCUGGCAAAGAUAAUCGAGCGCUACGAGACGUUUGACGACCCGGUCAUUCCCAAGUUCCACCACGGCACGCACUACUCCAGCGCUGCCAUU